GUGUACUCUUCAUUCAAACUUAAAUUAAAAUCCAGUGCUUCCAAGACAAAAUUCCUUUUAAUUCUUGCUUCAUUGGGUUUAAAAUAUUGUCGUGAUGACGCUGAACUUGUUGGUUACCUCACCGGCAUGGAGCGCGAAUGCCCAUUUUCACCCUAUCUUUUCUAGCUAUUCCGCCACCGUCAGCCUCUCCUUCCCUCUUCGGCAAUGGAGGCGAAUUCGAACCUUAAACCCGACACUAUCUGCCCGCCGUCGGUUCUUCUUCUGCACUGUUGCGUCCUCUUCGUCGCCGCCGUCGCCGCCGUCGCCGCCGUCGCCGCCGUCGCAGCAAGUUGACAUGAGCGUAGCGGAAGCGAGAGGAGAUACGAUGGGGUGGGGGAAGGUUUCAGCCGUCCUCUUCGACAUGGACGGAGUUCUCUGCGACAGCGAAGAGCCAUCUCGAAUGGCCGCUGUCAAUGUUUUCGCUGAGAUGGGCGUCUCCGUCACCGCCGAUGAUUUCGUGCCAUUCAUGGGGACUGGUGAGUCAAAUUUUUUAGGAGGUGUUGCUUCUGUGAAGGGGGUUAACGGGUUUGAUCCCGAGGCAGCUAAGAAACGGUUUUUUGAAAUAUAUCUUGAUGAGUAUGCAAAACCCAAUUCUGGCAUUGGAUUUCCAGGGGCUCUAGAGAUCAUAAUGGAGUGUAAGAGUAAAGGGCUCAAAGUUGCUGUUGCGUCAAGUGCUGAUCGGAUAAAGGUUGAUGCAAAUCUGUCUGCUGCUGGCUUGCCGACGGCACUAUUUGAUGCCAUCGUCUCAGCUGAUGAAUUCGAGAACUUAAAACCUGCUCCAGAUAUUUUCUUAGCAGCAUCAAAAAUUUUGAAUGUUCCCCCCUCUGAGUGCUUGGUAAUUGAAGAUGCUCUUGCUGGAGUACAGGCUGCCAAAACUGCAAAUAUGAGAUGCAUUGCAGUUACCACUACACUGCCCGAAGAGAGAAUACAGGAAGCCAGUCCUUCACUCGUCAGAAAAGAUAUAGGAAAUAUUUCAAUUCAUGAUAUUCUAGAGGGUGGAAGUUCAGAUCAGAGGUCACAGAAUCAUCAAAAUCUUGGUUCUCUUGGUCAUUCUUACGCUGAGCAGAUGUCAGAAAAAGAAAUUGAUGGAUAUGUUCUGGAUAGUGAGGAAUCCCAAUUUAUUGGCAGAUUUCAAGGUUCUCGGCGAGACAUUCUGAGAUAUGGAAGUUUGGGGAUUGCUAUUUCUUGUCUACUUUUUGCUCUCUCGAAUUUGAAGGUCAUGCAGUAUGCAUCUUUGAAAGGAAUACUUAAUCGGUUUUCAUGGGACAAAAAACCAGUAUUUGGUCAGAAUGGAGGAGAGUCCCGGUCAUCUAGAAUACUACAAUUCAAAAAUUAUUUAUCUGCUUUAGAAUCCAGGGGGACUGUGUCAACCAUGCCUGAAUUUCCAACAAAGCUCGACUGGCUGAACACUGCUCCACUUCAGUUUUCCAGGAAUCUGAAAGGUAGGGUGGUUCUGCUGGACUUCUGGACAUAUUGCUGUAUCAAUUGCAUGCAUGUGUUGCCAGAUUUGGAAUUCUUAGAAAGGAAAUAUUCUGAUAAGCCUUUUACAGUUAUUGGAGUGCAUUCUGCAAAGUUUGAUAAUGAAAAAGAUCUUGAAGCCAUUCGUAAUGCUGUCCUGCGCUAUAACAUCACUCACCCAGUGGUUAACGAUGGUGAUAUGUAUUUAUGGCGAGAAAUGGGGGUGAACUCUUGGCCUACAUUUAUUGUUGUUGGCCCUAAUGGAAAGAUUCUUGCUCAAUUAGCUGGGGAAGGCCAUCGCAAGGAUCUUGAUGAUUUUGUAGAUGCAGCUCUUCAAUUUUAUGAGGAAAAGAAUCUAUUAGAAGCUUCACCUAUUCCCCUUGCUCUGGAGAAAGAUGCUGAUCCUCGUUUAUUGGUGUCUCCUUUAAAAUUUCCUGGGAAGCUUGCAAUCGAUAUCCCUAAUAACAGAAUCUUCAUAUCUGACAGUAAUCACAACCGCAUUGUUGUAACAGAUCUUGAUGGAAAUUUUAGAAUUCAAGUUGGAAGCGGUGGGCAGGAGGCUUUAUGUGAUGGUUCCUUUGAUGAUGCCUGCUUUAAUCGUCCACAGGGCCUUUCCUACAAUCCAAAGAAAAACAGGUUGUACGUUGCAGACACUGAAAACCAUGCUUUGAGGGAAAUCGACUUUGUCAAUGAAACCGUGAGAACAAUUGCAGGAGAUGGAACCAAAGGUUCUGACUACAGUGGUGGAGGCAAGGGAAGUUCUCAGGUCCUCAAUUCUCCAUGGGAUUUAUGCUAUGAUGCUGCAAAUGAUAAGAUUUAUAUUGCGAUGGCUGGGCAGCAUCAAAUAUGGGAACACAAUCUAUCUGAUGGAAGUACCAAAGCUUUUACUGGAGAUGGCUUUGAGAGAAACUUAAAUGGUUCAAGUUCUGCAAACACAUCCUUCGCACAGCCUUCUGGGUUAUCACUUUCUCCUGAUUCUCAGGUACUUUAUGUAGCUGAUAGUGAGAGUAGUUCCAUUCGAGCUGUUGACCUGAAAACAGGAGCUGCAAGGAUGUUAGCAGGAGGGGAUCCAAUAUUUCCGGAUAAUUUGUUUAGGUUUGGAGAUCUUGAUGGAAUUGGCUCAGAUGCACUUUUUCAACAUCCUUUGGGCGUCUUCUGUGGCUCUGAUGGUCAAGUUUAUAUAGCGGAUUCCUACAAUCACAAGAUAAAGAAGCUGGACCCUAUAACUAAAAGAGUUGUAACAUUAGCUGGGACAGGAAACGCUGGGUUUAAGGAUGGCCCUGGUCUGUCAGCUCAGCUUUCUGAACCAUCAGGAAUUACUGAAGCAGGGACCGGAAAAUUUCUUAUAGCAGAUACAAACAACGGUUUAAUAAGAUGCCUUGAUUUGAAUGGGAAAGUCCCUAUAUUAGACACAUUAAAACUGAAAGGAGUACAGCCACCGUCACCAAAGUUAGAUUUGCCAAAACGCCUGAGAAGAAGGGCUUCUGCUGGCACGGAAAUAAUAAAAAUUGAUGGUGGUUCAUCUGCCGAAGGGUCGCUGGAGCUUAAAAUUUCAGUUUCCGAAGGUUAUCAUUUUUCAAAGGAAGCUCUAAGCAAAUUUGAUACUGAAACUGAGUCUUCUGGUGCAAUUAUCUUUGAGCCAAGCAGUGGAAUUUUAAACACUUCUGGAUCUACAUCGUUACGGUUCAUCAGGAGUUCCCCUUCACCUGCAACAGGCAGAAUAAACUGCAAGAUUUACUAUUGCAAGGAGGAUGAAGUAUGUCUCUACCACUCUUUGGCAUUUGACGUGUCAUUCCAACCAGUAGUAUCUGAUUCUAACCCUUCUUGCAUCUCACUAUCAUAUACUGUUACACCCAAGAUUCCUGUGGGUAAAUCCCAAUUUGUAUUUGGCAAUUAAAAUUAUGGAACCAUUACAUGGAAGUUGUAAAUACUUUUCAGUUUAUUCUCAUGCAACUUCUAUUUUUUUGAUGCUCA